CGAUGGUCGCACAAGAAUGUGAUACAGCCUCGACGGCCGCCAUUUUCUUUCUUUCUUAGCAGUUGGCUGAGGGAACAUCUCUGCGAAGAAGCGGCAGCGGCCUCUGUAGCGUAGACAUGGCAGACUACUCAACAGUGCCUCCACCUUCCUCUGGCUCAGCUGGUGGUGGAGGCGGCGGCGGUGGUGGUGGAGGAGUUAACGAUGCUUUCAAAGAUGCGCUGCAGAGAGCACGGCAGAUUGCAGCAAAAAUUGGAGGUGAUGCUGGUACAUCACUGAAUUCAAAUGACUAUGGUUAUGGGGGACAAAAAAGACCUUUGGAAGACGGAGAUGGCUCUUGGACAAGUCCGAGCAGUACAACACACUGGGAGGGAAUGCCCUCUCCUUUUAAAGAUCAACCAGAUGCUAAGAAAGUUGCUCCUCAAAAUGACUCUUUUGGAACACAGUUACCACCGAUGCAUCAGCAGCAAAGCAGGUCUGUAAUGACAGAAGAAUACAAAGUUCCAGAUGGAAUGGUUGGAUUUAUAAUUGGCAGAGGAGGUGAACAGAUCUCACGCAUACAACAAGAAUCUGGAUGCAAAAUACAGAUAGCUCCUGACAGUGGUGGCCUUCCAGAAAGGUCUUGUAUGUUAACUGGAACACCUGAAUCUGUCCAAUCGGCAAAACGGUUACUGGACCAGAUUGUAGAAAAGGGAAGACCAGCCCCUGGCUUCCACCAUGGUGAUGGACCAGGAAAUGCAGUUCAAGAAAUAAUGAUUCCAGCUAGCAAAGCAGGAUUAGUUAUUGGAAAGGGGGGAGAAACUAUUAAACAACUUCAGGAGCGGGCUGGAGUUAAAAUGGUUAUGAUUCAAGAUGGACCUCAGAACACUGGUGCUGACAAACCUCUUAGGAUUACAGGAGACCCAUACAAAGUUCAACAAGCCAAGGAAAUGGUGUUAGAGUUAAUUCGUGAUCAAGGUGGUUUCAGAGAAGUUCGAAAUGAGUAUGGGUCAAGAAUAGGUGGAAAUGAAGGGAUAGAUGUCCCCAUUCCAAGAUUUGCUGUUGGCAUUGUAAUAGGAAGAAAUGGAGAGAUGAUUAAAAAAAUACAAAAUGAUGCUGGUGUUCGAAUUCAGUUUAAGCCAGAUGAUGGAACAACACCUGAUAGAAUAGCACAAAUAACAGGACCUCCAGACCGAUGUCAACACGCUGCAGAAAUUAUUACAGACCUCCUUCGAAGUGUUCAGGCUGGUAAUCCUGGUGGACCUGGACCUGGUGGCCGAGGAAGAGGUAGAGGUCAAGGCAACUGGAACAUGGGACCACCUGGUGGACUACAGGAAUUUAAUUUCAUUGUACCAACAGGGAAAACUGGAUUAAUAAUAGGAAAAGGAGGUGAAACCAUAAAAAGCAUAAGCCAGCAGUCUGGUGCAAGAAUAGAACUUCAGAGAAAUCCUCCACCUAAUGCAGAUCCUAAUAUGAAAUUAUUUACAAUCCGUGGCACUCCACAGCAAAUAGACUAUGCACGGCAACUUAUAGAAGAAAAGAUUGGUGGCCCAGUAAAUCCUUUAGGGCCACCUGUACCCCAUGGGCCCCAUGGUGUCCCAGGCCCCCAUGGGCCUCCUGGGCCUCCAGGGCCUGGAACUCCAAUGGGACCAUACAACCCUGCACCUUACAAUCCAGGACCACCUGGCCCUGCUCCUCAUGGACCUCCAGCUCCUUAUGCCCCCCAGGGGUGGGGAAAUGCAUAUCCACACUGGCAGCAGCAGGCCCCUCCUGAUCCAGCUAAGGCAGGAACGGAUCCAAAUUCAGCAGCUUGGGCUGCCUACUAUGCUCACUAUUAUCAGCAGCAAGCACAGCCACCACCUGCAGCUCCUGCCGGUGCACCAACUACAACCCAAACCAAUGGACAAGGUAACUAUGGAGAUCAGCAGAAUCCAGCUCCAGCUGGACAGGUUGAUUAUACUAAGGCCUGGGAAGAGUAUUACAAGAAAAUGGGUCAACAAGGGCAGACACAAGAUUAUUCAAAAGCUUGGGAGGAAUAUUACAAGAAGCAAGGUCAAGCGGUUCCUGCUCCUACUGGUGCUCCACCAGGUGGUCAGCCAGAUUAUAGUGCAGCCUGGGCUGAGUACUAUAGACAACAAGCAGCCUACUAUGCCCAGACAAGUCCCCAGGGAAUGCCACAGCAUCCUCCAGCACCUCAGUGCAGGUUUGAUCCAGCCAGUAUAGAACUAGCUCUGUAGGGGUGAGGAGGACUGUGCUGUGUAUCAUCCUUGAUUGUGUUCCUUCAAGGAGCAUUGCACUGUAAGUACAUCAGAAUGACAAAUUGAUGAACUGCAACAGUAUCUUUUUGUCAAUGUUCCACAUAAUGUAAAUGCCAUACUUUGUGUGAAUAUUAUGUUGGAAUACAGUGCUGAUAUCUUGGAAAACCAUAACUGCUUCUUAAUUUAACAUAGAAUAAUACAUAGGUCUGUAUUUUUUUUUAAGUGAGCUUAAUGGGUAAGUAUUUUUGAUAUGCUUUAGCUAUAGCUAAAGAAAACUGAUCAUUAAAAUUGAAUAGUAUUACUCAUUGGUGCUCCUAAAAUAUAUUGCUUUUCAGUGUACAGUAUGCAUAUCUUCUAUAUUAAUAUGAAAGACUUGAAAUGUGUCAGACAGAAGUGGUUUUCAGUUUGCAAAUAUUAAGCAAUGUAGCAGUUUUAACACCAUUUCAUAAAUAUAUAUAUACAUAUAUAUAUAUAUAUAUUCUUUUCAUUGGUGGGGAGCACCAGUUCUGAAUAUACUAUAAAGGAAGAUGUACAAGGACAUAAAUGUUGAGAUUACUUAUAGGGUAGAAAAUAGCAGUUCAGUUCAUUAUAGAUAUUUGAAAUGUUUUUGAUUGUUUUAUAGAACCUGGAGUGACUUCCCUUGCCCUUAUUUAGAUAUGGAUAUAUAGUUCUAGUUUGAAGUUUAAUAGUUAAGGAGUUAGUUAUGUGUUACCUUUAAGAGUAGGGUUAUUGACAUGAACAAUUUCAGUAUUUUGCAUGAUACUGUUUUAUAGAUGACCUUUUAGGAAAGUGGUGCAUUUAUUGAUUAAACUGAAGAAAUAGCUCAGUUGGAUUCAAUAUCAUAACUCACAAAUUGGAGGCUGUUGAUUUUGAUUCAUUUAAGGUUUAAAAUCUUUAUUAAUUGCAAACAGUGCAAUUAUUUAUACUUCACAGUGCCUUCCCAGACCUUCCACCUUAGGUUCUGCUGCAAAAAGCAACAGGUAAGCACAACCUAAGGACAUAUAUAAAUAAAUAUUUCAGUACAUUAAUGUUGUCCCUGUGAGGUUUUUGUGGUUGUGUAUUCAAAAGCAAUCUGCUACUGCUUCCCCAAAAUGUAUUUUGUUAUUUAUGCUACCAUUUCAGUGGAAAGUCUGUAAGUUGUUCAAACAACUGUUUACAUUUCUGGGUAAUGUUUUUUAUUUUAAUUUUUUUAUUAAAACAAGAAAAAAGAAAUGAUGAGUAGAUUGCUGCUAUAAUUGAACUACAUCCAAACUUUUUGUAAUCUUUUCCCAACUACAGAAGAAUUGUUAAGAAAGGGCAGUUAACAUAGUUUUCGAGAUUUAGGAAAUCAUUUGGUUAGAAACUUCAACAGCCUUCACAAGCUUUUUAUGAUUGACAGGUUGACAGGACAUUUUCUUUCUUUGCCCUCCAAAGCUAUAUGGAGUUUAUUUUUUUCUUAUUCUUGAAGUAUAACAAUUCAGUAAGGACAUUAUGGGUCAGAAUUUUAUUACGAAGUUUUUUUUUUUUUUUUAAGACAAUUCAGUUUUCGUAACAUACACUGAAAAAGGAAAAUAUAAGGAAUACUGGCAGUAUGUUUUGAUAAGCAUGUGCAUCAGUGAAAUGUUAACUGUAUAGCAAAUAACCUUUCAUAAUCUGUAUAGCAACCAAUAUUUUUCUGAUUUAUAAUACUUUAAUAAUUGACGCUGCAUUUUACUUUUUUUGCCAGUUUAAAAUGUUUGUGUUCUUAUAGAUGAUUUUAACUGGUACAUAUUUUGAGUUAAGAUGAAUGUAUUAAAGCAGCAUCCUAUCAGUUUUGUUUAUUCAGUUUCUAAAAUGUGCUGAUCCUUUUAAAACUCCUGCUUAUCUCUACAACAAAGAAAAAUAUUCAAAAAUACUGCCUUCAUUUUCACACACAGUGCUGAAGAUGCUGCAAGCACCAAAUCAUAGCUCAUAAAAUCAGGUCCUGAGAUAGUUAACCAUAAAGAGGAAUCCUUUGAGUGUAUGCCAUUGGUGAGCCGAUGAGCAUGGACCAUAGAAGGGCUCAAUGUAGAAGGUAAAAUUGGCAAAUCAUAAUUGAGAAAUAUGAAAUGUAUUCCCAUACAUUGGUAUAGGGUGUAAUGUACCUGCUUUUGAUCACUUUUCAUUUUAAAGUGCUAUUUGCUUGAUCUUAAAUGUUCCAUGAACUGUUAAAUUUUGUAAGUUGUGUAGUUAACUGCACCACAUUUAUGUGUGUGUGUGUAUUGUUUUAAUAGUCAAUGAUAGGUAUGUUAAGACUGAUAAUAUAAAGGAGAUCUUUGAACCUUAAGGAGCCUUUCAACUUUUGGUUAGCUGUAGUUUGCAUUUUUAUAAAAUAAUAGAUGAAUGCUAAUAGAUAUUGGGGCAUUGUUUCUAUCUCAAGAGUUUUUUUAACUCAUUACCAUAAGCCUUCACUGAUAACUGCAUUUUUAAAAUGGCGCUAAUCUUAAGCUUGAAAUAAAUGGAAAGCAGAAAAGGUGAGCCAGUUGACUUGAAUGCAAUGGAUGUUAGGAGUGGUAGAAACAAUGUUUAGAUUGAAAUUGAACUGAUUUAUUUUAUUUAGCACUUAAAAACUUGACAAUGUGUUUAAGAUAUUUUAGUGUGGUGAUACUUAGAAUUCUAAUGGGUUUGAUGUUUCUUUUAGAAAUGAAAAGUAUACUUUUAUUUUUAAUUAACAAAAAUGGUUUUAAUACUAAAACUAGUGAUUUAAUACUAGUUGUUUAUAAACAUUGUAAAAUAUUUCCUUAGCCAAAUACCUUGGUAGUUAACUCAAAAGGGUGGGUUUGGGUAGGAGUAGCAGAGUAAACUUAAGCGGGAAAUAGGAAUAUAUGCAGAAGUGAUUACGUUUGUUUGAGUGCUCUGCCAGGAGAACCAGUUCUAUCUGUGAACAUCUGUUGUCUAGAGUAAGGAUGUAGAAAUUAUCAAUGAGGAUGUCUUUUUAUUUUCUAAAAUUCUGCCUCAUUUUAAAAUGUAUUUUAACAGUACCUAAAGAUAAUUUUGACUCUGAAAAUAACCUUUAUUUUUUGUUUAGUCACUUGAGUUAUCUUGCCACAGUAUAAACUUCUGAGGGAUUUAAAUUGGUGCUUUUAAAAAAGAAGCAAAUAAAUCCCAAGGUUUUAUUUUCUUCAGUGAUAGCCCUAUAGAAACUCAUAAAUGUAUUUGCGCAUAUAUAUAUAUAUAUUUUUUCUUAUGCAUGCUCGAUGCAUUUUCGUCCUGAGAAAAGUGUUCUCUACAGAAACUACCCGUGUGUAAAAAGAAGAUUGGCUUAAAAUGGCUACUGUGAUGGGAACAGUGUCUUAGGGAGAUGCAGCUUGGACUUGAGGUAAAUUGAAUACUUUACAAACUGUGGUUUAGAGUUUGCUUUAAUGACAAUGUAUGUAAAAGGGCACAUGAUUGCUGUAAUUUUGUAUUGAUUAUGGUUUCCUCAAUAAAAAAAUAAUAAAUGUACAUUGAUGAAUAUUAUAA